AUGUCCAUGGUGCUCUCUCGUAUUGUCACACUAACUGCGGGAACUUUAUAUCCCGCUUACAGAAGUUACAAGGCUAUCCGAACGAAAGACGUGCGCGAAUACGUGAAAUGGAUGAUGUACUGGAUUGUUUUUGCUAUAUACUCCUUCGUGGAGACACUAGCCGAUGUUUUCAUAUCGUUCUGGUUCCCUUUCUACUAUCAGCUGAAGAUUGUCUUCAUCAUUUGGUUGUUGAGUCCAUGGACGAAAGGAGCGUCGAUUCUGUAUAGAAAGUGGAUUCACCCAACACUUUGUAAGCACGAACAAGACAUUGACGCUAUGCUGGAGCAGGCAAAAUCUGAGAGCUACAAUCAACUUGUUCGCCUGGGCAGUCGUAGCUUGUUGUGUGCUCGUGACAUCGUGGCCGAGGCUGCUUUACGUGGACAAGCCCAGCUUGUUAACAAACUUCAGAGGUCACACAGUAGCAAUGUCAUUUGUGAAACCGAGGAAGAAUCUCGAAAACGCACUCACGUUGAGGAAAUAGUGGAGAACUCUAGCGGCACAGAAGACCAUCAUUCUGACGAUGAAGAGGUUCUUUGGUUUUGA